AUGGCUCAAAUAAAUAGUACAUCCAAUGUUGUGAAUUCUAACGAUAAUACUAAUCCUUCUACGAAACCAUCUGAUACACUUCGUCCUCAUUAUUAUACAACAUUUCAAAAUUAUUGUUGUGGUCCAAAAUCAAAUUCAUCAACUUCAACACCACCUAAAGAUGUUUUACCUAUUCCACAAAUAUUUAAAGAAGAAGCUGCUGAACUAGUGGAAUAUAUUAAUCAUGCUCUUAUUGAACAACUUACAGAUGUUGUAAAAUAUACAAGUGUUAUACCACAUACAUUUCUUGAAAAAAAUGAUAAUUAUGAUAUUCAACGAUAUUUAAUUGAUCGAAUAAUGUUCAGAACGAUGAAUGAUGCUCAUGUAAUCAAUUGGAUUCCUUCAUUGAAAAUGCUCUAUCCAAUUCGAACAUCAGGUAAUGGUAAUUGUCUUCUACAUGCUGUACUUAUUGCUAUGGUUGGCAUACAUGAUUUGGAUCUUUACUUUCGUGAUCGACUUGUACAAUUUAUGACUGAAAAUAAAGACGUAUUGAAAAAUUAUUGGAAAAAAGAACGACUUAAAUCCGAUAAAGCCUAUGGUAUAAGCUCAGAAGAUUCGAAGCUCGAUGAGGAAUGGAAUGAAGUAUGUGAUCUUGUUCGUUAUGAAAAUUCUAAAGAUGGACAAAUAGCAACUCAAUUAGAGUUUCUUGAAGCUAUACAUAUAUUUUCUAUUUCAAAUAUGCUUCAUCGACCGAUUAUUGUUUUAUCUGAAGAUGUUAUUCGAAAUAAAAAUGGUGAAGCUAUUUCAGUUAAUGAUCUCUUCGGAAUUUAUUUACCUAUUCUUUCAACACCAGAUGAAUGUAUUAUUGAACCUAUUGUAUUAGCUUAUGAUCGAUCUCAUUUUUGUCCAUUACAAACUACUAAUGCUAAUGUUGGAAAAGCAUUGGAUAAUCGUCUUCCACUUUAUCUAUCAAUUGAACAUGCAUAUAAUAAUAUUUCAUUACCUAUUCGAUUUCUAGGUGAUGAUGAUAAUAUUGAAUAUUCGAAUAAUUUACUUCGUGAUUAUUUACGAAUUCAAAAAGUAGAAUAUAGUGUUGAUGAAAAGUCUUCACCAUUAUCUAUUUUAUGUGUAACAUUGGGUGGUAAACAUUUCCCAUUAAAAGACAAUUUUUUUCAUAUAUAUCAGAAAUAUGUGAUCGAUUUCUUUCAAGUACAAAAACCGAAAGCAAUAGCAGAAGAACGAGAACGUGAGAGACAGCGUGAACUAGAUGAUUAUGUGAAUCGUCAUAUAUCUUAUGAUACUAGAGGUCGAUCAAUAAUUAAACAAGACCCAACCCUAUCUUCAUCAUCUACACUGAUGUCGGCACGAUCGAAUACUACUCUUAAUGAGAGUCAAUUGCGCAAUCAAAAUAAUAAUUAUGAUGAUCAAAUAUACUCAUACAAUGGUACAUACACUAAUCAACCAUAUAUACCAUCUAAUGGUGCUGUUUAUAUUAAAAAUUCUUCAAAUCAACCUCAACAAUCACCAAGAGUAUUCGAACAUAGAAAAGUAGCACAAACAGAUCGAGAUAUCAAUUAUCCUGAUACGGAACAAUCCAAACAAUUAAAUUUAAAAAAUGAUUUGAAUAAUAUUAGCAAUUUAAACAAUAAUGAUAAACAGCGCAAUCCUGUUAGUUUCAAGACAGGAGAGGAUGAAUACAAAUUUAAUCGAGAACAACGACAACCUAAAGUUAUUGAAAUUCCUGUUCAAUAUGCAACACCUCGUGUAUCAUCGAACGAUUCGACUUUAUUCAUUUCUGAAGAACCAAGAGAUUCACUUGACAAAUGCCUCACUUGUCAUCGCCCGUUUAGAGAUGUGAAAUCUAUACGUAUCUGUUCCGAUUGCGAUUCUGAAUUGCAGCGUCGUACUCCGCAUUAUGAUGUUCGUGAUCGAUCGUAUAUUCGACCCCGAUCUACAAAUGUAUAUUUAACAGGAGAUAAUACUCGUUAUGUUCCUGCUUCAUCACCAGUACCGAAAACGAAAAUUCGCCGUUCAGUUGAAUGUCCACAUUUGUCACCGCUACGUACUACAAACAUUCUCAUCAAUGCUAGAUGGGCUCAAAACGGUAUCACGGUGGCUGGUGGAAAUGGAGGAGGUAAUGAACUCAAUCAGCUCUUGGGUUCAGAAGGUUUGUACAUUGCUAAUGAUCAGACUGCUUAUAUUGCUGACUACAAUAAUCAUCGUAUUAUGGAAUGGAAGUAUGGUGCGACUAAUGGAAAGGUGAUUGCUGGUGGAAAUGGUCAAGGAAGUCGCGCCGACCAAAUGAGUUCACCAUCCGAUGUGAUUAUCGAUAAAGCAAGCGAUAGUCUCAUCAUUUGUGACAAAACGAACCGACGAGUGGUACGAUGGCCACGUCAAGGUGGUCUCAGUGGAGAAACAAUUAUAUCAAAUAUCGAUUGUUGGGGUGUGACGAUGGACCAUGAUGGAUCUCUGUAUGUCUGUGACCACCAUAAGUGUGAAGUAAGACGGUGGCGAAUUGGAGAGACUCAUGGGACAGUGGUUGCAGGUGGUAAUGGACGAGGCGAACAUCUCGAUCAGUUGAAUUCUCCACUUUAUGUAUUCGUGGAUUAUUAUCGCACAGUAUAUGUAUCAGAUAGUGAAAAUCAUCGUGUGAUGAAAUGGUUGGAGGGCGCAAGGGAGGGGAUUGUUGUGGCUGGUGGAAGAGGCCGUGGUAAUGAUUUAACACAAUUAUCAGAUGCUCGAGGAGUUAUCGUAGAUCAAUGGGAUACUGUGUAUGUAGCAGACUGUGACAAUCAUCGAAUCAUGUGUUGGCCCAAAGGAGCCACACAUGGAAAUAUACUUGUCUGUGGCAACGGGGAAGGAGAACAAGCAAAUCAGGUCAUUAUUCCUGCAGGUUUAUCAUUUGAUCGAUACGGCAAUCUCUAUGUAGUUGAUUGGGGCAAUCAUCGAGUACAAAGAUUCGACAUCGAUCCAAAUUCGUAA